AUCCGGAACAAACGGCAUAGACCUAGGCACGAAAAGGACACCGAUUGGAAACUCGGAACAUGGAACUGCAGAUCGCUACGUUUCGAUGGGUAUGAGUACGCUCUGUUGAACGAGCUCAAACCCCGCAACUUCGAUGUUGUAGCACUGCAGGAGAUGUGCUGGAAGGGAGCGAAGAUGUGGGAGGAUGAUGCUUUGGAGCUCACCAUGUACCAGAGCGGCGGAGCCGAAAACAAGCUGGGAACCGGCUUCAUAGUGUUGGGCAAGAUGCGGAGUCGUGUGAUAGAUUGGGAGCCGAUCGACGACCGGAUGUGUAGAUUGAGGAUUAAAGGCCGUUUCUUCAACUAUCACAUCUUCAACGUACAUUGCCCACACGAGGAAUCAUCCGAUGCCGAGAAGGAAGCGUUCUACGCGAAGCUGGAGCAGAAGUUCGACAGCUGCCCGCAGAGGGACGUCAAGAUCGUCAUCGGAGAUAUGAACGCCCGCAUAGGAAGGGAGGAGAUGUACAAGCCGGUGAUCGGGCCGAACAGCCUGCACACCGUCACGAACGACAACGGCCAGCGGUGCAUCAACUUCGCAGCCUCCCGCGGUAUGGUGGUACGGAGCACAUUCUUCCCCCGGAAAGACAUCCACAAAGUCACCUGGACAUCGCCUAAUCAACGAACAAAAACACAAAUCGACCACGUCCUCAUCGACGGCCGAUUCUUCUCGGACAUACGGAACAUCCGCACGUACCGCGGUGCGGAUAUCCACUCGGACCACUACCUGGUGGGUGCAAGCAUGCACUCAAAACUGUCGACGACGUACCACCGACGACGGAGCCGGCUCCCACCGCCGUUCAACACCGAGCGGCUGCAGGACACGGCUGCGGCUCAGCACUACGUGCAGCAGCUGGAAGCGAGCCUGCCAACGGAGGAGGAACUCGGCGCUGCCUCGCUCAACGAUGGAUGGAGCAGAAUAUGCUCGGCCAUCGGCAGUGCCGCUGAAGCCGCGCUAGGUAGUACGGUCCGAGUUGGAAAGCAGCGCUGGUUCGACGAGGAGUGCCAGCGGCUACUUGACGAGAAGAAAGCAGCUUAUGCGGUGAAGCUGAGAGCUGCAACUGAUGAGAACGUGGCCAGAUACAAACAAGCGCUGAAACAGCAAAGAACGGUUUUCAAGCUCAAGAAGCGCCAGCUGGAAGAUCGCGAUCGCGCCGAAAUGGAGCAGCUGUUCCGGCAGAACGAGACGCGAAAGUUCUACGAGAAGGUUAACCGGUCCCGCAAGGGCUAUGCGCCGCAAGCCAACACUUGCCGGGACGCCGAGGGAAACCUUCUUAUGGACAAAGGCGAGGUGUUGAACAGGUGGCAGCAGUUCUUCAACGAGCACCUCAACGGCGAUGUAGCGCAUGGAGACGGCUUUGAAGCCCAACUUGGACCGCCCGUUGCUGACGAACAGUUCCCGGCACCUGAUCUGGAGACGGUGAAGAAGGAGAUCAGGCAGCUGAAGAACAACAGGGCCGCCGGUAAAGAUCGGUUACCCGGUGAGCUCUUCAAAUAUGGAGGAGAGCAGUUGGCGAGGGCGAUCCACUUGGUGAUUUCUAAGAUCUGGAGGGAGGAGAAACUACCAGAAGAAUGGAUGGAUGGUGUCGUGUGUCCCAUCUACAAAAAGGGCGAUAAGCUGGACUGCGGCAACUACCGCGGCAUCACGCUUAUCAACGCGGCCUAUAAAAUCCUCUCCCAGAUCCUCUGCCGUCUGCUGACACCGUACGCACGGAGGUUCGUGGGCCCCUAUCAAGCGGGGUUUACUGGCGCUCGGGCCACCACGGACCAAAUUUUCUCGCUCCGGCAGAUCCUCGAGAAAUGCCGUGAGUACAACGUGCCCACACAUCACAUCUUCAUCGAUUUCAAGGCAGCGUACGAUACAGUCGACCGCGAACAGCUAUGGCAGAUCAUGCACGAGAACGGAUUUCCGGACAAACUGACUCGGCUGAUCAAGGCUACCUUGGAUCGUGUGAUGUGUCACGUGCGAGUGGCAGGGGAGCUAGCGGACCCCUUCCAAUCGCACCAAGGGUUACGACAAGGUGACGGCUUAUCCAAUGCGCUGUUUAACAUCGGACUUGAGGGAGUUGUGCGAAGAGCGGGUAUAGACACGAGAGGCACGAUUUGCAACAGGACAGUUCAACUUCUUGCUUAUGCGGACGACAUUGACAUUAUAGCGAGAGACCUAGAGACGGUGAAAAGGAUUUACACCGCCUUAAAGACGCAAGCAGGACGAAUUGGAUUGGCCAUGAAUACGAUGAAAACAAAGUACAUGAAAGGGAGGGGCUCAAAGGACGUUGACCCCCCAAGACUCACCCCUUUAGCUGUGGAUGGCGAUGUGCUGGAGGAGGUGAGCGAAUUCGUGUACUUGGGAUCGCUGGUAACGGCCGACAACGACACCAGCUUAGAGAUCCGGACUCGUAUCCACUCCGCGAAUCGCGCCUACUUUGGAUUACGGAAAACCUUGACAUCUGAUCGAGUGCAACGCGCCACGAAGCUGACCCUGUACAAGACACUGAUUAGACCGGUUGCCCUCUAUGGCCACGAGACCUGGACGCUGCGGCAAGAGGACGAACGAGCCCUUGGAGUUUUCGAACGGAAGGUGCUGCGAACGAUCUACGGUGGAGUACGUACAGCUCAGAACGAGUGGCGAAGGCGCAUGAACCACGAACUGCACGCGCUGCUGGGAGAACCGACAAUCGUUACCCUGGCGAGAAUCGGGAGGCUCAGGUGGGCCGGCCAUGUCGCGAGGAUGGACGAAGACCAUCCUGUCAGGAUGCUCUUUGACCGCGCGCGACCCGAUGGCGGCACAGGCCGAAGAGCAGGAGCACAGCGUGCACGAUGGGGAAAUCAGAUCGAGGCGGACCUAAGAAAGAUCUGCAACCUAGGAGACUGGCGAGCUGCAGCCCAGAACCGAGCAACAUGGAACAACCUUCUUGAUACAGCACGGGCACCGCGUAUGGUGUUCUAAGCUGAUUGGUAUGGAACCCAUUCUUUAUUUUG